AUCGAGAAAUUGUUGACCGCUCGAAGAGAGGAGGGCAACCAGGGGGAUCUCUCGAUGUCCAAUGGCGAACUUGCGUUAGAAACUUAUCGCAAGUAUCUGCACGAAUUGGAGUAGAGAAUUAUCGACCCCGGCAUUGCGAAAAGUUUGGAUGGCGAUGCAGUCAGAUGGUGAUAUCCUAGCAGGGAUAACUUCGGCUGAGAGGGUUGCAGGCCCUUGAUUGUGACCUCAUGCUACGUUUAGGGAGAAAGAGUGAGGGGGAAGUUAGCUCAAUGGACCCAGAGCCUCAAGCAUUAGCCACGGGGUUAGAUCGGGUGGACAAGGCUACCGAGAUUGCGAUGAAUGAAUGGUAAGCGAAAUUAGUGUUGGAGGAGCAAGCGGGAGGAAGAAACCGGUGGUUUGGGUUCCGUUAUCGUGGCCCAUGGUACUGGCCCUCCGGUCGAUAUGUUGCUAAGAUGAUAUGAUUUAGGCCACACCCGGCCUAUCUGGACGUCGCCCAAGAGUGAGCUGAAGAACAGGUGCCAAAUACAUUUUGACACAUCCCCGCGGCACUCCACCUUGAGCGCUCUAUGCGGGCACAUAUACCGCCAAUCCUGUAUGAAAGAAGUGUUUCCCAACGCCUGUAUAGACGAGAUACUCUUCCCAUUGCAGUGUUGCAAGAAAGUGAUCCCGCCCCACAUGGCGGAAAAGCACUUUCGGGCCACGAAGUGUCGGAGUUCCGGUUGAAAUCCAGCGUUUAUUCCAGCAAUGACAGGACGUAUUGUUGAAACCAAUUUUUUCCGAGUUCAUUCCCUCAGAGCGAAUCCAGGGUGUCAUAGGAAGUUAUCCGGAGUGCUUCUGACUGCCCCAAAGACAAGCAUUUGCACCUCACCCUGGGACUCGCUUCACGAAGCGGAUGUCAGAGAUGCAAGAACCGCCAUACCUUGGUUGAGAUUCCAUCCGGAUGUCAUCCCAUGACCUGCGGAUCACGAAACUCCAUGAUUGAUACGACUAGUGGGGAAUUUGGGUUCUCAAAAGCGGCGGAAACUGUAGCUGCAAAUCGGGAUGGUGCUUUAAGUGCGGAGUCACCUGGAAGCAGUGCGAAUGUAGUGACCGGGACGAUGGACACUUGGCUAGACGAGCGGAGGAGUUGGCCAUGCGUGGCACGCCUCCAAUCGCGAACCAGACAGCCGUGGCUAAUCUCGUGGGAAGAUAUAGAAGUAAUCUGCAGGUGAAUCGCGAGCGCCAACAUGUUUUCUGGAUGGAGGUAUCGAGGUGGAAGAGCCCUGUUCAAGAUGUGUUACUAUAACCUCCCCGAGCAAAUUUUCGCCAGCAGGCGAUGUGAGCUCCUUGCUUGCAACAGAUGCAGGAAGAACAGGAUA